CAUAGCUUUCAGCUACUCUGUGCAGUGCAGUCUGUUAAAUAGACUUUUUACAGUACAAGCUCUGUAUACAGCUAAUAUUUUGAUGUAAUUUAAAUCUGUAAUGGUGCUGCUGAUGCUUGAAGAAAAGCAACAUCUUAGGUUUGUUAACUCCAUUGGUUAGGUUUGGUGUUUGACCACCAUUUUUAAUCACCUUUCUGUAUUAAAAUCUCGAAAAGAAAACUAAGAUUGAUUGAAUUAGUAUUUCUAUCCUAAUUUUAACUUUUCUAUUAUGAACAGAUAAUUCCUGGUGAGUUAAUUAUGAGCUAAGAACAAAACCACAUUUUCUUAAGCUAAUAAUUUAUAGGGUUUUCAAGGGGCCAUGCUUGUAAAGAUUAGUUAGCAACUGCCCCUCAUUGCCUAUCCCUGAAACUGCACCACCACUCCCAACUUCUUCACAAACCCUCAAUAUUUUUUUAACUUGUUCGAUCUCUCUCUCUCUCUCUCUCUCUCUCUACUCCUUUAAAACCCUGAUCCCCUUCGCACACACUUCCUCACAACACAAACCCCUUUCUCCUCUUUUGAUCAUCACAAUCCAUACAACUAAAACAAGCCAACAAUCAACAACAAUGAGCACUAGCGAAGCCACCGUGAUCCCCAUCGGCGAUUAUGCCGCUGAUGCAGCUGGAAAAACUCCAGCUGCACCGGUUGCGCCUGCUGCUACUAGUACUGCUGCUACCGCCGCUACUGCUCCUGCUCCUGCUACUGCCACCACUAAUGCUCGUAAAGCACGCAUUCCUUUUCUUUUGAGGAGCAGCAAAAGACGCCAAGGAUGCAGGAGAUGCCUCGCGGCCUUCGACUUCCUUUUAAGAAUCUGUGCUUUCGGCCCCACCCUUGCCGCUGCCAUCUCCACAGGCACAUCUGACGAAACCUUAUCUUUCUUCACUCAGUUCUUUCAGUUCCACGCGAACUAUGCGGAUUUUCCGGCCUUCACGUUUUUUGUGAUUGGGAAUGCGAUUGCAGCGGGAUACCUAGUGCUGUCUCUUCCCUUCUCGGCUGUUGGAAUUCUUCGGCCUAAGGCUACAGGGCUGCGGCUUCUGCUGCUUAUUUUUGACACUGUAAUGGUUGCCUUAACUACCGCAGCAGCAUCUUCUGCUUCAGCAAUUGUUUAUUUAGCUCACAACGGAAACCCGAAGGCGAACUGGGUCGCGAUCUGCAUGCAGUUCCAUGGAUUCUGCGAGCGAACGAGUGGUGCAGUCGUCGGGACAUUCAUCGCAGUCCUCAUCUUCAUGCUUCUUGUGGUUAUGUCUGCUUUUGCUGUCCGAAAACAUUGAUUACUUAAGGACCUUAAAAAGGAAUAUUGUGGUGCUUGUGUGCAAUUUCUGAUCAUGUAUGUGCUCUUUGUCAUGUAUGUGCUCUUUGUCUGUUGAGAGUUUGGUUGUUUCUCUCUUUGUUUUCAGUUGGCUUCUUGCAAUAUGUAAUGUAGCAAAGUGCCAAAGAAUGAAAUAUUUAUAUAUCUGCUUGAUUUC